AAAACGCUUUGGAAGCGUUAGGGGUAAUUUGAGCGUGGUCCAUUUCCCCUUUAAGUCAGGGCAGCUGGGAAGAGACUAGCAACUACUGUGAAAGAAAAGCCUUAGUGCAAAGGGAAAUGCUUCCGCAGCCUCAUCCCCAACUCCUACCACGACUGUACUCGCACCCCAGGGGGAAAGCACUCUGACUUUAUCCCAUAGAUAGUUCAAAGGGUGCUAAGAGAAACCCAGAAGGUGGUGGUGACAAGAAACAGAGAACCGGGGGAAGGAGACGAAAAACUCAGCAACCGAAGCAAUGCAAAUUCAGAUAAUCUCAGUGAUACCUUGAAGAAGCUGAAGAUAACAGCUGUUGACAGAACUGAUGAUAGUUUAGAAGGAUGCUUGGAUUGUCUACUUCAAGCCUUGGCUCAAAAUAAUAUGGAAACAAGUGAAAAAAUCCAAGGAAGUGGAAUACUUCAACUGUUUGCAAGUCUGUUGGUUCCACAGUCUUCCUGCACAGCCAAAGUAGCUAACAUCAUAGCAGAAAUAGCCAAAAAUGAAUUUAUGCGAAUUCCAUGUGUGGAUGCAGGAUUAAUUUCACCACUGGUGCAGCUGCUAAAUAGCAAAGACCAGGAAGUGCUGCUUCAAACUGGCAGGGCUCUAGGAAACAUAUGUUACGAUAGCCAUGAGGGCAGAAGUGCAGUUGACCAAGCAGGUGGUGCACAGAUUGUAAUUGACCAUUUAAGGUCACUGUGCAGUAAAACAGAUCCCGCCAAUGAGAAGCUCUUGACUGUCUUUUGUGGCAUGCUGAUGAACUAUAGCAAUGAGAAUGAUUCCCUUCAAGCUCAGCUUAUCAACAUGGGUGUUAUUCCUACCUUAGUUAAAUUACUGGGCAUCCACUGCCAAAAUGCAGCUCUUACAGAAAUGUGUCUUGUUGCAUUUGGCAAUUUAGCAGAACUUGAGUCAAGUAAAGAACAGUUUGCCAGUACGAACAUUGCUGAAGAGCUGGUAAAACUCUUCAAGAAACAAAUAGACCAUGAUAAGAGGGAAAUGGUGUUUGAGGUUCUUGCUCCAUUGGCAGAAAACGAUGCUAUUAAGCUACAGCUGGUUGAAGCAGGCCUGGUAGAAUGUCUACUAGAGAUUGUUCAGCAGAAAGUGGAUAGUGACAAAGAGGAGGAUAUUGCUGAGCUCAAAACCGCUUCAGAUCUAAUGGUUUUAUUACUUCUUGGAGAUGAAUCCAUGCAGAAAUUAUUUGAAGGAGGAAAAGGUAAUGUGUUUCAAAGGGUACUGUCUUGGAUUCCAUCAAAUAACCACCAGCUACAGCUUGCUGGAGCAUUGGCAAUUGCAAAUUUUGCCAGAAAUGAUGGAAAUUGUAUCCAUAUGGUAGACAAUGGAAUUGUAGAAAAACUUAUGGAUUUACUGGACAGACAUGUAGAAGAUGGAAACGUAACCGUGCAGCACGCGGCACUAAGUGCCCUCAGAAACCUAGCCAUUCCAGUUAUAAAUAAAGCAAAGAUGUUAUCAGCUGGCGUCACAGAGGCAGUUUUGAAAUUUCUUAAAUCUGAAAUGCCCCCAGUUCAGUUCAAACUCCUGGGAACAUUAAGAAUGUUAAUAGAUGCACAAGCAGAAGCUGCUGAACAACUGGGAAAGAAUGUUAAAUUAGUGGAGCGUUUGGUGGAAUGGUGUGAAGCCAAAGAUCACGCUGGUGUGAUGGGGGAGUCAAACAGACUGCUCUCUGCCCUCAUACGACACAGUAAAUCAAAAGAUGUAAUUAAAACCAUUGUACAAAGUGGUGGCAUCAAGCAUCUAGUUACCAUGGCAACUAGUGAACAUGUAAUAAUGCAGAAUGAAGCCCUUGUUGCUUUGGCACUAAUAGCAGCUUUAGAAUUGGGCACUGCUGAGAAAGAUCUAGAAAGUGCUAAACUUGUACAGAUUUUACACACACUGCUAGCAGAUGAGAGAAGUGCUCCUGAAAUCAAAUAUAAUUCCAUGGUCCUGAUCUGUGCUCUCAUGGGAUCUGAAUCUCUACACAAGGAAGUACAGGAUUUGGCCUUUCUAGAUGUUGUAUCCAAACUUCGCAGUCAUGAGAACAAAAGUGUUGCUCAACAGGCUUCUCUCACAGAGCAGAGACUUGCUGUGGAAAGCUGAGAACUACCCCUCCCUGAUACACCCCUCAUUUCCCCUUUGUCCUCCAUCCAGCUGCCUCUUCUGCUUCAUUCUCUUCCAUAUCACUUGUGCAUGCGUGUAAUGUUCCAAUGCCAAUUGAAGAACUGCUGUAGGUACCUUCCCAAUAAGAUUUCUAAACCCAUAGUUAGUUAGUUAGUGUGAACAUGAAUUUGUCAAAAACAAGUCUCCACCCCAUAACUGUUUCCUUGUAUUCCUGUUGCUUGAGCUACAUUAAGUAGAAUGUGCAUGUUGUAGUCCUAUGAUGAUGACGUAAACUUGGUACUACACAAUGACUUGCUCCUCGUCCUUGGUAGACUACAUAAUAAUGUACUGGUAAAUUAAUUAGAAACAAAUGAGAAUGCAGCAGGAUCUGACUAGCUUAUGAAAGAUGGAAUUGAAUAGUAAAAAUAGCUCCAUUUCUUGGUGCUUGGAAAGCACAGUGACCAAAAAACCUGUAUGGCUGCUUAUUCAUUAGUCUUACCUACUGAUGUCAAACCCAUGGUACCUAGAGUUAAAUAAAGUCCAAUGCUCUCGCUCUUUACCCUCUGGUUUCUUCUUCUUCCUUUGUAGACUCUUGAAACUGCCACAAACUUGGCAAGACUUUCUAAGGUUUUCUAUGUCAUAUUUAACUGGCCGUCAUCAGUAGCCUGAUGAUGCUGAAAACAUUUGUAGUUUUCAGCAUGAAACUAAGGGGUUGAAGAAUAGUAUACUAGUACAUCUUGUUUUUUGCCUGUAUUUUAGAUUCUGAUAUAUGUACAGUUUCACCUCAGAAUUUCUUCUGUCAGUUAAUCAACAUUGUUCACCACAUGUCUUUAAAAGUCACUUGGGAUUUGUUUUCAACUGAGAAAGUUGAGUACAGCUCUUUAGAAAAUGGAUUUUUUUUUUUCUGUUUU